AUGACACCCCUCUACCAGCAGUUCCUGGCUUUGCAAUUUGCAAUCAAGGAGGUCAAUGAUGCUCCACAUAUUUUACCCAAUCACACCCUGGGCUUCCACAUCUAUAAUAGUUACUUUAGUUCAAUUUGGACCUAUCGUGCCUCGUUGGAACUCUUUUGUGCUCAGGGCAGAUUCACUCCUAACUACAGCUGUGACCAGCAGAACAGACCAAUAGCUGUCAUUGGAGGACCAACAUCUGCAGUUCAGGCCCAUAUGACCACCUUCUUGUCUCUCUACAAAAUACCACAGCUGAUCUAUGGCUUAACUCCAGAAAUGGAUACAAAAACACAGGCUUCUGUGUACCAACUGAUGUUCCCAAAUGUGGAGCAUCAGUACAAGGGCAUUCUCCAGUUAUUGCUCCACUUCAGGUGGACUUGGAUUGGGAUGGUAUAUACAAAUAACAAUUAUGGUGAAAAGUUUGUACAGGAUAUGGCUCCCAUGUUUUCUCAGAAUGGCAUCUGCUUUGCUUUCAGUGAAAGAUUCCCAGCAAUCACUUAUUCUAACAACAUUUUGUCUUCUGUGGAAGCUGGGAUUGAAAUGUACAAUGUUGUUAUGGGAAGCAAUGUCAAUAUAGUGAUGGUUUUUUGUGAGAUUGCAGACAUGAUUCUUCUGAGAAUGCUUCCCGGCCUAUCACAAUAUGAAGAAAAACCACUAUGGAGAAGAGUCAAGGUGUGGGUUAUGACAACUCAGAUGGAUUUCACCUCACUUCCUUUUCAAAGAACUGAGGAGAUAGAUUUCCUCCAUGGUGCUCUGUCCUUUUCUAUUCACUCAAAGGAAGUAGUGAGUUUCCAGAGGUUUCUUCAGAUGAGAAACUCAGCCUUGGAAAAAGAAGGUAUCUUUAUGAGGCUUUUCUGGGAAAAUGCAUUUGACUGUUCAUUCUCCAGGUCCAUAAUGAAUGAGGAAGAUCGGACUAUCUGCACUGGAGAAGAAAAACUAGACAGCCUCCCGACAUCUGUGUUUGAAAUGGACAUGACUGGCCACAGCUACAGCAUCUACAAUGCAGUCUACGUAGUGGCACAUGCAUUGCAUGGCUUCCAGUCCUCUCUUUCCAAAUACAGAACAGAAGAACGUGGGAACAAACAAAGUCUUCUAAAACAACAACUCUGGAAGCUCAACUACUUUAUGAGAAGAGUCUCAUUCAACAAUAGUGCAGGAGACAAAAUUUCCUUCAACCAGUAUGGAGAGUUAGAAGUUGGAUUUGAUAUAAUAAAUUGGGUCACUUUUCCAAACCAGUCUUUCCUGAGAGUCAGAGUUGGAAGACUGGAUCUGAUGGAUUCCCAGGAAGAAACACUUACCAUUGAUAAGGAUGAUAUUGUAUGGCCACGGAGGUUUAACCAGGCCCAGCCACUUUCUCAGUGUAACAACAAGUGCCCUUCAGGUUAUAGUAAGAGCAAGAGAGAAGGGAAGCCCUUUUGCUGCUAUGAUUGCCUUCGAUGUCCAGAGGGAAAAAUGGCUAACGAGGAGGACAUGGAAGACUGUGUUGAAUGUCCAGAAGAUAAGUACCCAAACAAGGAUCAGGAUUUGUGUCUCAGCAAAAUGAUAACAUUCUUGAUAUAUGAAGAAUUUUGGGGGAGUGUUUUGGCCAGUUCUGCUCUUUUUUGUUCUUUUGUCACAGCUGUAGUACUGGGGAUCUUUAUUAAGCAUCUGGACACUCCACUAGUUAAAGCCAACAACCAGAACCUCACCUACAUUCUGCUUGUAGCUCUCUUGUUGUCUUUUCUUUGUGCAUUGCUAUUCAUUGGCCAGCCUUCCAAGAUGACAUGUCUCCUUCGUCAAACCACCUUUGGUGUUAUUUUCUCAGUGGCCAUUUCUUGUGUUUUAGCCAAAACCAUCAUUGUGGUUCUGGCUUUCAUGGCCACCAAACCUGGCUCCAAGGUGACCAAAUGGGUGGGGAAAAGACUAGCCAUGGCAAUAGUAUUUUGCUGCUCCUUUAUUCAAGUUAUGAUUUGCACAACAUGGGUGACAACCUCUCCCCCAUUUCCAGAUGUUGACAUGAACUCAAAGAAAGAAGAAAUUAUCUUGGAAUGUAAUGAGGGCUCAGUCUUCAUGUUUUAUUGUGUCUUGGGCUAUUUGGGCUUCCUUGCCAUCAUCAGCUUCACUUUGGCUUUCCUAGCGAGGAAAUUGCCUAACACUUUCAAUGAAGCCAAGCAUAUUACCUUCAGCAUGUUGAUCUUUUGCUGUGUCUGGGUGUCCUUUGUUCCAACAUAUUUGAGCACAAAAGGGAAAUACAUGGUUGCUGUGGAGAUCUUCUCCAUUGUAGCCUCCAGUGCUGCACUGCUGAUUUGUAUCUUUUCCCCUAAAUGCUUUAUCAUUGUUUUCAGGCCUGAUCUGAACAAGAAAAUACAGCCCACAAGGAAAAAACAAUAG